UGAUCCAAAGAAAGGCAACCAACAUGGGGAAGGAUACUUUGAGCUAAUAAUCAGUAAAAGGAACUGGGGAUGUUUAAACCUGGAAAAGAGAUGAUUAGUUGUGUUUGGCUUUACAGGGCAGAAUCAAGAUCAAUGGAUGGAAGUUUCAAAGGUACUUUAUAAAAAUGCUUAAUGUCAGGAAAAAAAACAAACCUCCCUAAUUGUCUAGUCAUUUGAAAGUCUUUGUGACCCCCUUUUGGAUGUGUAUAUAUUUUUGGCUGAAGGAUCAGAAAUACUGGAGUGGUUUUCCAGUUCAUUUUGAGUAAUUUUGAGGCAAGCAGAAUUAAAUGACUUGUUCACGGUCACACAAUAAGUGUUUGAGGCUGAAUUUGGAGUCUUCCUGACUUUGAGGCCCAGUAUUCUAUCCACUGUGCCACCAAGGAGCUCUUCCUAUUAAGAGCAGUCUAAAAUUGGAAUGGACUACCUGGACUACUACUUCCUCAUAAGAAGUCUUAAAAGCAAAACCUAUAAGAUGAUUGUACAAUAUUUUUAUAAUGAGAACUACAUUUGAGGUUAGGGUUGGACUUGAUGGCUUCGGAGGUCCCUGGAAACUAUAAAAUUCAGUUUAUCUGUCUUAUAUGUUUAUACGCCAUCACUACCGUAACACCACAGUAGGGAGCAGCAGAGGACCAACUGGCCUAAAAAGAGAUCUCCCAGGCAUGGCUUAAGUACACAGAAUUCUUCUAGCAUGCACCCCUAGCCUUCCUAUAAAGUGAAUUCUGAACACAAUAUUUACUGGGAAAAACUGGAUGAAUAGUAGGUAAGGAUGAUGACAGACUUUCUUGGACGACUCAAAAAUGUCUUUGGAUCCAGUAGCUAGGGAAGAGGAACCAAGGAACGGGGUGGGGCCAGAACUUUCCGAGUGAACAGUCCAAGCAAAGAAGGGUGUAACCUCAGGUAAAAGGGGCGUGUCCAAGUGGAGACAAGGAAGUUACCCAUAAGAUUUUCUCCAAAGCUUUCUCCAGCUUUCUUUUUCCUCCGGGCGGUCUCCUGAGGUCUUUUGCCAUCAACCCCUCCCCACCCAAAGCCGCCUCAGCCCCAUAUGGCUUCCGCGGUCUGGGGGAGUACCCCCUGGUGGGGUCCGCCACCCCCAGCCCCUGCUCGUCCUGUCACGGACCUAGACUUCUGCUCUGGAGCUCAGCUGCAGGAGCUCACUCAACUGAUCCAAGAGCUCGAGGUUCAAGAGAGCUGGCACAGCGGGCCAAAGCCCGGGGCCGACCUCCUCCGGGCUAAGGACUUUGUCUUCUCUCUGCUCGGUCUCAUCCACCGCCGGGACCCCCGGGUUCCUGAGCGAACAGAGCUUCUGCUCCUCCGCGGCGGAGUCCGCGAGGGCUCUCUUGAUCUGGGGCCUGGAUCCCUGGGCCCCUACGUCCGGGGACCCCACUACGAUGCUGGCUUCACGCUCCUGAUACCGUUGCUUUGGCUGGAUUGUAAAGGAGUGAGGCCCUACCUUGAGCUGGAGUCAGGCAGUGCGUGGCUCCGCCUUCAAGCGCCAGUGGGCGGGGCCUCAGUCCUGGAGGCGUGGCACGACUGCCUAAAGCCCUUCGCCCCAGAGGGGCUGGGCGGGAAGGGGACUGUAAAAGAGGCGUGCCCAUUGGAGAAACUUCCGUGUGAUGUCACAAUGUCCGAGACUGCGGCGGCGGCGUUCCCGCCGUUGCUGGAAGACUUUGAUCCCAAGUCGCCAGCGGAGGAGCGGCGCGGUGACUUGAGGGAUUCGGAAAAAAUAGACUUAUUGAAGGAUCCGCACAGUGACGUCACAGAGCAACUCCCUGGACAGCCAGUCCAAGAGCCUGAGGGGCGGGGCGCUCAAGAAAACUGGCCCGCUUUAUGCCCCACCCAAGUAGCUUCCUGGUUUUUUUCUUUGCUGUCUGCUGUAGCUGUCUCCUUGAACCCGGACCCCGGUUCCCUGCGCCUGGUCCAUGCCUCCCGCCAUGCGGGAGUCACUACUAUCCUUCUGUCUACACCGGGCCCUCCCUCUCGGCUCUUACUCUUUGACUUGGUGCCAGGGGUCUCCGUGGCCGGUUGGCCGGGGAAAACCCGGACGUACACCUGGAUGGGUUCCGUGGCCGCUGGCCCUACCGCCUACUACCUUGUGCCGGGCUACAGAGCCAAAAAGGAUGGGCUCCACUGGCGGAUUUGCUUUGCCCGCCAGGAACUGGCGCUCAAGGCCCGUAUCCCUCAACCUCUGCUCCAAGCACACGCAGCUGCCCAGGCCUUGCUGCGCCCCCUGGUGGCCGGGGCCGGCUGCGCGGCUCCCUACCUUCUGCGGACUCUGCUCUACUGGGCUUGCGAGAGACUUCCAGCCCUCUAUUUGGGGCGGCCGGAGAAUACCGGGGCCUGUUGUCUGGGGCUGCUUGACGAAUUAAGCCGCGGGCUCGAGGCUGGGGCACUGCCCCACUACUUUCUGGAAGGAGAGGAACUGGCGGUCGGGGAAAGGGCCACAGAGCUAGCCGGGGCUCUCGCCCGACUCCGGGGGGACCCUGUGGGGGCUCUCCGAACUGCGGUGGAGGAGGCCAAGACUGCGCGGAAAGGGGGUGGGGUGGUGGGCGGGGGGUCAUUAAAAUAAAUGCGGCUGGAUGGAGACAGAAUCUUGGUUCUUUUUCAACCUUCAUUCCCGUCUCUCUCUAACCGGUGACAUAACUCAUUCCGGGAGACCUAGUCCUCGAAUUUUCCGAGUCUGCUGGAUGUCUUGGUUCUGCCCCUGAAAAAAAAAAAAGAUGUUUAAUCCCGUCCUCACUACCACCACCUCCACCCCAAAAUGUAU